GCAAUGUAGUAGUGCCUCUCUCAUUCCGAUUUCCACUUUUCAUUCUGCGGUAGCUCUCCGCCUGCCGAGAUUAUGCUCGCUUUCCACGAGAUUUUGACUGCUGCUGCUGAAGUUGGGGCAACUUAGCUCGUCAACAGCGCUGCUAAUAUUAGCGACGCCGGCUUUUUCCAGCGGCGUUGAGAGCAAUUUUCGACACUGUUGUCGAAGCAGCGAUGACGAUUUUAACAGCGUUGGGCAAUUUCCAGCGUCGGAGAUAUUUUAUCCCUCGGCGAUCUGCACCAGCGCUGGCGAGAUUCAGCAGCGUUGGCUAAUUUCAGCAGUGUCAGCGAUCUUUAACCGCGUUGGCGAUUUUCAGCCGCUAGAUGCAUUGUCGCGUCAGGGGUGAGCUCUGCCGUCAUUGCUGCUGCUGCUGUUGGAGGUGCAUUUCUUGACGACGUUUGCUGCAAGCGACGACGACGGCGACGAUGACAAGUGGCUUGAAGCCGGACGUCAACGUUUCAAGCCGGACAUCAACGUUUCAAGCCGGACGUCAACGUUUCAAGCCGGACGUCAACGUUUCAAGCCGGACGUCAACGUUUCAAGCCGGAAGUCAACGUUCAAGCCGGAAGUCAACGUUCAAGCCGGAAGUCAACGUUUCAAGCCGGAAGUCAACGUUUCAAGCCGGUCGUCAACGUUUCAAGCCGGACUCCACGUUUGAAGGUCGUCAGGCAGCUCGUCAAGGGUCGUCUGCCUCGACCUCCUCCGUUGCCACACGGAUUGCAAUGCAACCAACCAGCGAACCAGCGAACCAGCCAACCGGCCAACCUGGCGACCCUGUGGACCCUGGGCGCUGGUGGCAGCACGCAGUGACGCAUUGGCGCGCUGCUGGUGAUCGCCAGCAGCCCCUGCUUUCGUGUUGCCAGCUCUGCCAAGAUAUGGCUCAGCAGCCAGCCUCUGACCCACAGACCCGAUACUACACUUACAGCCCUGAGGCAAGGCUUCCCUAAAGACCUAGAGACAAUACCACCUCUCACCCCUUGCAGGGGCGGGGGAGCAAGGGAAGGGAGGGAGCACUGCAGCGGGCAGCAAAGAGAGAGUAUGGGGUGGCGGGUUUGGCACACAAGGUGAGCCCCACUCGUACCCAGUCCCCUCAAUCCAACCCCUUGCUCCCUUUUCCAUCGCUGCUUUCUGCUCUGCUCUGCAACUGCUUGUUCGCAUUUCUUCCUGUGAAUGCUGGCUUGUUCUUUUCAGUUUUGUCUCUUGUCACUCACUCACUGCUCUUCUCCCAACCCUUCCCUCCCCUUUCCCCCUCCCUAGCAGCUCACUCGGUGACAUUUGGAAGCAGCAGCAGCAUCAGACACAGCCGCAGCAGCAGAAGCAGCAGCAGGGGGGGCUAGGUAGCUUAGUGUGAGAGAGGUACAAGGUAAGGUAAGGAAUGGCAUGGUAUUGCAUGGCAUGUUAUGGCAUGUGGUUGGUCAUGCUUCACAUCUCCUCCCUCCAUCUCCUCUCUCUGCCAGGCUUGCGCUCCACAGGCAAGGCAAAGGCACGGCUGCUCACAGCAGGAGAGAAGGAUUCCCCCUCCUCACCACCCCCUCUCCCUCUCCUCCCCUCCCAGCGCCAGGUGUGCUCCUGCAAGCAAAAGGAGAGGAGCACUCACAUCACAAGGAGAGGAGUCCCCCCACCACUCACCCCCCCGCCCUCCCCCCCACUCCCCGGCGGCUUCAACCCUCGUGGUGCUCUGCAUGGCUGUGGAAAAUGUGUGGCAUGGCAGUCGGUGCUCAAGUAACAAAGCAGGCGUUAAGGCAUAAUGGAACCGGCCAGACCCGUGCGCGCCGGCUCUGGUUGGGAGUCCCCUCUUGCUCCGUUAUGCGGCCGCCCGUGCAUUCUCCACUGCCACUGUUUGAAGGUGGGGGUUGGAGGUGCAAACUGUCUUGGAGCUGGUGCAAAGGAGGGCGUCUGCAAACUCCAAUGUAAGUUGGGUGGGGGCUAGAGGGAAAGGAGGGGCGCUGACACACCACCCUGGGCAAGUUGAGUGAAGGGCAACAGAGGGCGUCUGCAAACUCCAAUGUAAGUUGAGUGAGUGGAAGAGGAGAGGGGGUGGCUAAAAAUCCCCUGGUUAAGUUGACUGAAGGGCAACGGAGGGCGUCUGCAAUCUCCAAUGUAAGUUGAGUGAGUAGGAGAGGAGAGGGGGGGCCUGAAACCCCCCGGGGUAAGUUGAGUGAGAGGGAUGAGAGAAGAAGGGCUUGAAACACCGUGAGUGAGUUGAGGUGGGGCAAAGGAGGGGCGAUAACCCUUGGUAGGGUGAGCGCAAGGCAGGGGAGGGGAGUUGGAACCCCCAGGGUAAGGCUAGCGAGAGGCAGAGGGACCCCCCUCCUCUGCCUUUUACUCGCCUUAAAAGGGGGUUUUGAACCCCCCUCUCUUGCCUCUCACUCGCCUUACCUUGGGAGUUUCAGCCCCUCUCCUCUCUCUUGCUCUCGUGUUACCUUGAAGGCGUCACCUCCCCCUUCUGCUGCUCCUUCUCCUUACUCUCUCCUCCGCCCCUGCCUUACCCUUGAGGGGUUGAACCCCAAGGGUAAGGGGAGUGAUAAACGAUGAAGGGACUGGAUAACCAGGUUAAGAUGAGUGAGUGGAGGGGUAGGCGGCUGAAGCUUUUAAGUGGGUGAGUGAAAGAGAUGGGGGUUGAAAGUUGGAACCUCUAGGCCCCUAGGAUGGGUGAGUGGAUGGAAGGGAAGGGUUGAACCAAGAGCUCCACAUGAUAGGCAGCAAAUGAUGAUGCCCCACUUUCUGAAGUUCCAUGCCCCGAAGUAGAGGGUGAGACAAGGGAGGGGGUUACAGACCCCGAGUUAGAGGGUGAGGCAAGGGAGGGGGUUUCAGACCCCCAGUUAGAGGGUGAGGCAAGGGAGGGGGUUUCAGACCCCUAGUUGACAGGCAGUAUCAGGGAGGAAAUUUUGUAUCCCAAGUAACUGUGAGGUGAGGGAUGGGGUUUUACGCCCCUAGUUACAGUGUGAGGUAAGGGAUGGGGUUUCAGAACCCAGAUAGAGUAUAAGUUGAGUGGGAAGGGUGCUUUUCAAACUUCAACUCAGGUCCUGACUGUAAGUUGAGUGGGAAGGGUGGGCGUCAGACUUCAACUCAGACCCCGACUGUAAGUUGCGUGAGACGGGUGGGCUUCUGACUUCCCAACUCACACCCGACUGUAAGUUGAGUGGGAAGGGUGGCUUUCAGACUUCAACUCAGACCCCGACUGAAAGUUGCGUGAGAAGGGUGGGCUACUGACUUCCAACACACACCCCGACGGUAGGUUGGUUCCAUGGCAACUCGAGCUUUGACUUGGCUCCAUGGCAACUCGGGCUUUGAGUUGGCUCCAUGACAACUCGGGCUUUGAGUUGGCUCCAUGGCAACUCGGGCUUUGAGUUGGCUCCAUGGCAACUCGGGCUUUGAGUUGGCUCCAUGGCAACUCGGGCUUUGAGUUAGUUGGCUCCAUGGCAACUCGGGCUUGAGUGGACUCCAUGGCAAUUCGGGCUUUAAGUUGGCUCGAGCAGCUGGACGCCGUUGCCGGGUUUGGCGUAGCUCACACUCCACACCGCCAGCUGCCCUGUCUCCCGCCAAUCCUCGCCGUCGUCAGGCAGAUCCCCCACGCCGAUGUCAGCCACCUCUGCUCUGCACUGGAAAUGGAGGAGAAGAGGAUAACGGCAGUGUGACAACCCUAAGCCUCUUCCGUCACCGUUAUCUCUUCCGUCCCCCAAUGAUCACGACGACAGUGAGGGACGGAAGAGACAACGGCGACGGCCUCAGGACAGCCAAAGGCAGCUCGCACUUCUGCAUUUCGACUUCAUGAGGGGAGUAAGAGUGGAUCCCUGACGACGGUCGAAGAAUCAACAAUUUCUGAUUUCAUGCUACCUGAAAUUUGACAGCAGAAAUGGCUUUAGCGAAUGUAUUGUGCUUGUGCAUCACUGACAAUGUAUCUUCA